AUGUCGGCAACAGCACAAAGUUUCGCUUUGCACAACCAUGACUUGUUUUCUGGUGCAACUUGGCGAAAGCUGAAAUUCUCCCGACCGAAUGGGUCGGAGGAGGAUCAUCUGAACAAACUUUUCUUAGCUGCGUUGAUUGAUGACGCGUUCAUCUAUUUCAUUUCCAAGUCCACGUUCAGCAACUGUGUUCCCGUGCACUCUUCACCCAAAAAUAAGCCUAGUCCUCGGGAUCUGGUACCCUGA